AUGCCAGAAUCUUUAAUGGCAGAAAUACGUAUUGCUAUACCUUUAUUAAUUAAUGAAAUUACAAUUUAUGAGAAAUUUACAAUUCCAAUUCCAAAAGCAGAAAAGAUUUAUUUAACAAUUUUAGAGAGAUCAAGAUGGCUAAAAACAAAAAUAUUUAACAAUAUAACAGCACAAGGAGAGAUUAUCAAUUCAGAAAAUUUAUGUCGCCUUUACAAUUUUGUUAAAUUCUCAAAGCCAAUAAUUAAAUCUAAAUUGGCAAGAAUGGUACAAUUAGAAGAAGGAAUUAAAAUUAAUAUAAAAUAUUUUGGAAUAAUUGAUAAAAAUACAAAAAAUAUAAAAAUUAGUGCCAAAGAAAUAAGUAAAUGGACUGGGGAUGGAUGUUUAAAUGAGGAAGAACAAAAAAUAGCUUUUGAAGGGCAACGUUUAUUACUUAAAGUUUGA